GAACAGGUUUAUUAACAGUGGGCUAAAAGGACAACGAGGAGCUUUGCGUGUCCUAUGCUUGUUGACAAAGUUUAUUUCUUAGUGCAAGCACCCAUAUUUAAAAUCGCUAUAAGUGCUAAUGUCAUUUACAUUUCUCCAAUUAAACACUUCCUUUGGUUGUUUGUUUGUUUUAUACUUUCUUUUAUAUAAAUAAACGACAUAUCAUUUACAAAGGCGUCCAUGAAUCGGUUCAAGAACAUUUUUAAAUCAUGUUAUCCAACUACCAUUGGAAUGAUCCACGUUCGGCCAUUACCAGGUACACCAAACUAUAUAUCAGGUAGUCUCAACCACACAAUCAAACUUGCUCAACAAGAAGCUGAAUUAUAUCUAAACGCAGGAGUGGACGCCCUUAUGGUUGAAAAUAUGCAUGAUGUUCCCUACUUAAACCGUAAUGUGGGUCCUGAAAUUACAUCCUCGAUGACAGCUGUAGCCAGUGCUGUAAAAUACGUAGGUGCGGAUGUACCGUGUGGGAUACAAAUAUUAGCCGGUUGCAAUAAGGAAGCAUUAGCCAUAGCAGCGGUCAGUGGUCUUGAUUUUAUACGCGCUGAAGGUUUUUUGUUUGGUCAUGUUGCAGAUGAAGGUUUAAUGAAUGCUGAUGCUGGUGAACUUUUACGCUACAGAAAAACAAUCGAUGCCGAAAAUGUGUUGGUACUGACAGAUCUGAAGAAAAAACACAGCUCUCAUGCCAUCACAAGUGACGUCAGUUUAACGGAGAUGUGUACAGCUGCCGACUUUUUUAUGAGUGAUGGUGUUGUAUUAACAGGCGCUUCCACAGGAAAACCAGCAAGCUCUAAAGAACUUAACAAUGUCCUUUCAAGUUGUAAUCUACCCGUCCUAAUUGGUUCUGGUGUAACGCUAAAUAAUUUUGUGGAAUUUAAAAACGCACAUGGUAUUAUUAUUGGGUCGCAUUUUAAAAAGGACGGUGAUUGGAGAAAUGAGGUUUGUAAGGAGCGAGUUAAAAGUUUCAUGUCGGGGACUCGAAAAUAUCGCCGUCCCGCUGCACCGUUAAUAUAAUAGAGUUAAUUUUUACGCGGAUAGACAAUUUCGUAUUGCACUGAUUAACUUCCGAUUUGCAGCGAGUCAUGACAAUUUACACAGCUUUAAGAAUUGGAGUUGCAAUGUUUUAUGUAGAACCAGCUCUUAGAAUUCACAGCCAUUUUUGAAAGACUUUUUUUAGUCACCCAGCUUCCUUGCAAUUUCUAUUAUGAUUUUGUUUUGUUCAACAAUAUCAGUUAUAUUUACUCCAUCUUUAAUCUUUCUGGAUUUUUUCUCAGUCACAUUAUUUCAAAACCUUUGUCAAUUUUUCAAUUAAUUUAAGCCCUAAAAAAUGACCUGUGUGUCCCCGUACAUAACUUCGGUAUAAUAGAAAUGUGAUAAUUUAAAAUUUUAUGCGUUUUAAUAUGUGGGUGUCAACAUAAAAUGAGUAAAACAAUUCCGUUUUCGAAA